AUGGAAGCAGCAACACCUCACGCAGAUGAAAAGGCCGUCCCUAAGCCUGAACCACCGAUUCACACCGAAGACUUCAAGGUAACAGCGCAUGGCGAUGUGCUAGCUGAGGAGGCCCUUGGGGCCAGUGUACAACCUGGAUAUUUCAGGUCCCCGACAUUCUUGGGCACUGUCCUGGCCCAAGGAUUGAGUGUACAAGCGGCGUAUUUCGGCUGGGUCCUUGCUUCUAACAGCCUCGCUACCAUGAAUGAAGAGCUUGGACCAAGCGACAGCUAUCUUUGGAUUCCGCUGGCUUACACUCUGACUCUGGCGACUGGUUAUCUUCUCUUCGGACGACUCUCGGAUAUAUUUGGACGCAGAUGGUUUGUCAUCUAUUCAAACGCCCUUGUUCUCGUUGGUUCUAUCGUCGCCUGUACAGCUCAAUCGAUUUCGGCCUUGAUCGUCUCGAAUGUCUUUAUUGGUCUCGGCGGUGCAGCUCAGUUCUCUUACGGCUGUAUCUUACCAGAGCUAGUCCCUUGCAAGGCACGAGGACUGGUCAACGGCUUUAUCAUGGUUUUUUCAAUCCCUGGUGCAGCAUUCGGUCCAGUCAUCGCCAAAGCCCUGAUUGUCAAUACCGCAGCAGGGUGGCGGUGGAAUUACUACCUAACCAUCAUCAUGCAGGGCAUCGCCAUAUUACUCUUUUUCCUGUUCUACCGACCUCCAACAUUUCAAAUGUUGCAUAUGAAUAGGACACUGAAGGAGAAAGUCAUGACACUCGACUUUGGUGGUAUCACGCUCUUCCUCGCGGGUAUGGUCCUUUUCCUCCUGGGUAUCAACUGGGGCGGGAACAUCUAUCCCUGGAAGUCUGCUGCUGUUAUUUCGACUAUUAUCAUCGGAUUUUUACUCUUGGUCGCCUUCGUGGUAUACGAAUCAUACGUCCCAUCCGACCCGUUUGUCCCUCUGUGGCUCCUCAAAAAUACUCAGUUCAUGCUGCUGACGGUGAUUGCCUGUGUCGGAGGAAUGCUAUACUAUCCCCUCAAUAUUGUUUGGCCUACAGCGACUGCGGCCCUGUGGACAGAUGACCUUAUCUACCAGGGAUGGCUUACCAUGGCAUUCGUGGGUGGCAACACCCUGGGCGACAUAGUCUGCUGUGCUAUAUUUGCACGCAUUGGAAGAAUCCGCUAUCAACUCAUGUUUUUCACGACUGUGGUGACCGCCUUGAUCGGCUCGCUCGCUUCGACAACCCAACAUUCCAAGGACCGGAGCACGGUGCUUGUCAUCCUGGGAACAAUCGCUUGCGGCUGUGUGGAAAUGAUUCCCAUCACCUCCAUCACUUUCACCGUCCAACCCGAAGACAUUGGAAUGGCGAUAGGAACUCAAGGUGCCAUCAGGUCCGCCGUCGGCUCGAUCGCCGUCGCCAUGUAUGGGUCUGUCCUCUCAAGCAGAAAUACUGCACUCAGUACAAAACUUAUCCCCAAGGCCGUUACGGCAGCCGGACUUCCAGAUUCAUCCUUGCCGGCACUGUUCACGGCCCUCACUCAGGGUGCAGAUGCCCUACAGACAGUACCGGGAUUCAACGCUCGAGUUGGUGCUGCGCUCUCCACUGCACAGAAAGACGCGUUCUCCGGGGCCCUGAAGAUCGUUUUCUUGAUGACCAUCGCAUUCGGUGUGUGUGGAAUGGUUGCCUCUGUCUUCAUCAAGAACAUUGACCACCUCCUGACUGGGGAGGUCGUGCGACGGUUGCACGAUCGUGGACAGACAGAACUUCACGAGGCAAAAGCAAGAGAGUACGACGCUCCGAGAUUGGCGACAGAUGUUGAAGAGAAAACAGGUUGA